AUGUCGAUUACCUUAAUGUCAUUUACGUUCAAAAUAUCUAUUUCAAAUUAUUUUGUUUUUCAAAAAAUCAGAAAAUCUCCAACGAAGAACAACCGAAAAAAAAUUAAUCCACACGAAAUCCUAUUGAAGGCGAUACACAGCGAGCGCGACAGACGUUUCUUAGAGUCCCAGCAUUACUAUUGCAAGGGCAUCGAGCUGUUACGAGAUUUUGUCAACAACACAAGAAAUACUCGAACUGUCAAACGUUAUUACGAACAUAUCCUGCAAUAUAUUGAACGCUCCAAAAGCGUAUACGCUCAGGUAGAAAAACUUCUUAAAACUGGAGAAUUUCUCAAGUCCACGCAAAUACAGGAAGACUCGCAAGGUCAUAGCUAUGAAACGCUAAUUGGUGAAUAUUUUGAGGCAGAUGUUCAUGAAAUCUAUUUGGAGGAACCCUAUCUCCAGCGACCAUAUCAAGUAGAGAAUUUAGUUAUAUUCUUAGAGAUGGCGGUGAAGAAAUGUCCGCGCUUGAAAUUUGUUAAACUGCUCACAAAUCGCGUGGGCAAUGAUGCUAACUUGAGGGAUAUUCAAGGUAGUCUGCGACUGAGAGGCAUUGAAUUUAUUGUAGAACGAGACCCGCGACAGCACGAUCGAAAAGUGGCAUUAAGUACGGGAAUUGUUAAAAAAAUUGGUCGCGGUUUACACAUUUUCAAGGCAGCCAAUUCCACCUACUCUUUGGGUAUAUGUGAUUAUGAUUUUAGGCGUUGUUUGAAAACGGAUGUCGACGUGUGGCGUUCGGGGAGAAAGUAAAAAUAAUUGUGAAAACAAAUUUGGUGUGUGCGGUUUUAGUAAUAAAAUGUUUAAAAAAAAAAGUUAAAUAGUAUCAGUCGAUUUUGCCGACAAAUGUA